ACGCCCAGGGAAAACGUGAGACACACUCAUCAGAUCAUGUAUGUAGCCUAGCCUCAUUGGAGACAGCGACGUUUUAACACCGUUACGGGCUGUUGAAAUUUAAAUGUUAUUUAACGCCUCGCUGAUGCUUUGUAGUUCAUAACACCUGCUGUUUUCAAACGCCAUGUCGUUCCAUCAGGGUCGCGGCGUCUCCAGAGGAGGGAUGCCGCCCGGCCAGCACGGGUCUCCUCAGAACUACCGCCCCGCCAACCUGAGGCCGAUGCCUCCGCAGCCUCCUGUGCCCCCGUACCACUAUGACCCUCAGGCCCCUCCCAGCUCUUGCUACCAUGGCAACAGUGGCUACAUGCCCCCUCACUCUGACUUCAUGCCUUACCCCCCUCCGCCACCGUCGCAGCCUCCCAGCUCUCUUAACCAGUGCCCGGUGCGCCCGCCUUUCCCCAAACCUCCCGUCCGUCAGGGCUUUCCCGACCCGCCGCCCAACUUCCCUCCUCCUCCGCUCCCCAGCUCCUCCGGCGGCCCCGCGCCAGGCUCCCAGGCGUCCGCUCAGAAUGCCUACCACCCCUACAUGAUGCCGCCUGUGCCGCCUCCACCGAUACCCCACCCGCCCAUGCCUCCAUCCAUGCCCUCUCAGUCUAUGAGCUACCACCCUCCGUACUCAAUGAACUACCCUCAUCCUCCUCACCCUCCCUUCCCUCCUCCCACCUUCAACCCGGGCUACACCCAGAGCCCCACCUCCUUCAAACCGGACCACAGCUUCAGGCACGGGGGGCAGUACAAGUACGAGAAGCCCCUGGACAACCGGCGGUCUCCGGAAAGAGGCCAUCGACAUGACGACCACAGGCAGAAGAGCUACGGCUACAGCAGCCACGGCGACAGGCACAAAAUGGAGUUUUCUGGUGAGAGGAAGGAGCGGGGCAGGAGUCCAGACAGGCGAGGCAGGCCAGAGGUGGGACGGUACCGGUCUGAGUACAGCAGAGGCAGGACGUCCCCCAGGCACCGGAGCAGGGAUCGCAGCAGGGAGAGGCAUCGCCACAGAGAAAGCAGGAGAUCACAGUCUCCGGACAGGCACAGGAAGAGGCCUCGAAGUCGCUCAUCGAGCAGAGAGCGCAAACGCGGCCGCUGGGAGGAGGAGCAGCGGGACAGGAGGUUCGAGGGCUCGGGGCCGAGCAGGGAGCGCAGCUACACCUCCCUGAGGAGCAGAGACUCCGAGGAGCCCCUCGCUGACCGGGACAGAGACCGAGAGAGGGAGAGGGAAAGAGAGAGAGAGCGGGACAAGGAGAGGGAGAGAGAGAAGGAGAAGGGGGAGGAGGAGAAAGAGGAGGAGGAGCUGCUGAAACCGGCCUGGAUCCGCUGCACCCACGCUGAGAGCUACUACUCCAAUGACCCCAUGGACCAAGUGGGAGACUCCACGGUGGUGGGCACCAGUAAACUGCGGGACCUGUACGAGCGCUUUGAGGAAGAGCUGGUGAAGAGACAGGAGCGAGCCAAGGCUGCCAGACCCAAGUGGGAGCCGCCCAAAACCAAACUAGACGAGGAUCCAGACGACAGCAGCAGUGACUCAGACUGCGAGUCGGACGGAGAGGGAAGCACCUGCUCCAGCAGCUCCGACUCCGAGGUUUUUGACGUCAUCGCCGAGAUCAAGCGGAAGAAAGCUCACCCGGACCGCCUGCAUGAGGAGCUGUGGUACAACGACCCGGGCCAGAUGAAUGAUGGUCCCCUGUGUAAGUGCAGUGCCAAGGCCAGACGCACAGGGAUCCGCCACAGCAUCUACCCGGGGGAGGAGCCGGUGAAGCCGUGCCGCCCGAUGAACAACAACGCAGGAAAACUGUUCCACUACAGAAUCACUGUGUCUCCUCCCACCAACUUCCUGACCGACAGGCCCACGGUGAUCGAGUACGAUGACCACGAGUACCUCUUUGAAGGCUUCUCCCUUUUCUCCCACACUCCUCUGACUAACAUUCCAUUGUGCCGUGUGAUCCGCUUCAACAUAGAUUACACCAUUCACUUCAUAGAGGAGAUGACACCAGAGAACUACUGCGUCCGAGGCCUCGAGCUGUUUGCCUCCUACUUGUUCCAGGACAUUUUGGAGCUGUACGACUGGAACCUGACAGGUCCGGAGUCUGAGAACGAGGCCGCCGGGUGCCAGAGGUUCCACUUCAUGCCCCGUUUUGUCCGGUUUUUACCCGACGGCGGGAAGGAGGUGCUGUCCAUGCAUCAGGUGCUGCUCUACCUCCUGCGCAGCAGCAAGCCGCUGGUCCCUGAGGAGGAGAUCGCAGACAUGCUGCAGUGGGAGGAGCUGGAGUGGCAGAAAUAUGCCGAAGAGUGCAAGGGCAUGAUUGUCACCAACCCUGGCAUGAAGCCGAGCUCAGUGCGUAUCGACCAACUGGACCGGGAGCAGUUCAACCCCGACGUCAUCACCUUCCCCAUCAUCGUUCACUUCGGGAUCCGGCCUGCCCAGCUCAGCUACGCAGGCGACCCUCAGUACCAGAAGCUGUGGAAGAGCUAUGUGAAACUACGCCACCUGCUGGCCAACAGUCCCAAGGUCAAGCAGAUUGACAAGCAGAAGCUGACACAGAGGGAGGAAGCUCUUCAGAAGAUCCGUCAGAAGAACACCAUGCGCCGCGAGGUGACGGUGGAGCUCAGCAGCCAGGGGUUCUGGAAGACUGGCAUCCGCUCCGACGUCUGCCAGCACGCCAUGAUGUUGCCCGUCCUCACCCACCACAUCCGGUACCACCAGUGCCUGAUGCACCUGGAUAAGCUCAUCGGCUACGUCUUCAAGGAGCGCUGCCUCCUUCAGCUGGCCAUGACCCACCCCAGCCACCACCUCAACUUCGGCAUGAAUCCCGACCACGCCCGCAACUCCCUGUCCAAUUGCGGCAUCCGCCAGCCCAAAUACGGGGACAGGAAGGUCCACCAUAUGUACAUGAGGAAGAAGGGAAUCAACACCUUGAUUAACAUCAUGUCUCGUCUGGGCCAGGAUGACCCGUCCCCCUCCAGGAUCAAUCACAACGAGAGACUGGAGUUCCUGGGUGACGCCGUCGUCGAGUUCCUCACCAGUGUCCAUCUUUAUUACCUCUUUCCCAACUUGGAGGAGGGCGGCCUGGCUACCUACAGAACAGCCAUUGUGCAGAACCAGCACCUUGCCAUGCUUGCCAAGAAGCUGGAGCUCGACCGCUUCAUGCUGUACGCCCACGGGCCAGAUCUGUGCCGGGAGUCGGACCUGCGACACGCCAUGGCCAACUGCUUUGAGGCGCUCAUCGGUGCUGUGUAUUUGGAGGGAGGCUUGGAGGAGGCCAAGCAGCUCUUUGGGAGGCUGCUUUUCAACGGCGAGGACCUACGGGAAGUCUGGCUGAACUACCCGCCGCACCCCCUGCAGGUCCAGGAGCCUCAGACAGACAGGCAGCUGAUCGAGACGUCUCCGGUGCUGCAGAAGCUGACCGACUUCGAGGAAGCCAUCGGAGUUUUCUUCACACACGUGCGCCUUCUGGCCAGAGCCUUCACCCUGAGGACGGUGGGCUUCAACCACCUCACCCUGGGCCACAACCAGAGGAUGGAGUUCCUGGGAGACUCCAUCAUGCAGCUGGUGGCCACCGAGUACCUCUUCAUCCACUUCCCGGACCACCAUGAAGGACACUUGACGCUCCUGCGCAGUUCACUGGUCAACAACCGCACACAGGCCAAAGUGGCUGAAGAGUUGGGCAUGCAAGAAUUUGCCAUUACCAACGACAAAACCAAGCGGCCGGUCGCCCUGCGGACCAAGACUCUGGCUGACCUCCUCGAGUCUUUCAUCGCAGCCCUCUACAUAGAUAAAGAUCUGGAGUAUGUGCACACCUUCAUGAACGUGUGCUUCUUCCCCCGGCUGAAGGAGUUCAUUCUGAACCAGGACUGGAAUGACCCAAAGUCUCAGCUGCAGCAGUGCUGUUUGACCCUGCGAACAGAGGGCAAAGAGCCUGACAUCCCAUUGUACAAGACCCUGCAGACAGUGGGGCCCUCGCACGCCCGGACCUACACCGUCGCCGUGUAUUUCAAAGGGGAGCGGAUCGGCUGCGGCAAAGGCCCAAGCAUCCAACAGGCGGAAAUGGGAGCCGCGAUGGAUGCGCUUGAAAAAUAUAACUUCCCGCAGAUGGCUCAUCAGAAGCGCUUCAUCGAGCGGAAAUACAGACAGGAGCUGAAGGAGAUGAGACGAGAGCGGGAGCGGCAGGAGAAGGAGACCGACGAGGCGGAGGAAUGCAGGAAGUGACAGCGCCUCUUUCGGGCCAAUCAGGAUCCACGUCCGCGUUAGAAACCUGUCGGCAAACGCGGAGGCUGUCCAGGAGGAGCGACCGGCAGAAGUGAGACGCCGGCCGUCGUCCAGGGGAGCCGUGACAAGUGAGGAAGGACGUUUGAGUGUCCCUUCAGUUUUACAGGAACAUGAAGGCAACGCGGGUAACACGAGCGACCCGGGCGUCAAUUAUGUCUUCGCCCGCUUAUUUUGACUGACAAAAUUAGGACGGAAGGCGUUUUUAUUCAGAGAUGGAAGUCAGAAGGUAGAGAUAAGAUUUCAUGACGUUUCCUACAGUCAGAGUUGGCCUUUUGUUUAAAGUUUGUUUACAUUUUGUUUUGUCUAUGCUGCUUUUUUUGUGUAGUCUUAAUUAUGACUGUAUAGCUUUUUUUAAAACUAAAACUAGCAGAGUUAAUAAUAAUGUUACUGAAGGAUGCUGGCACAAAACAUGCAAAAAAAAACAAACAAAUAAAUAAAUAAAAGAAUAAAU